UGCGGGGAGCCGCGGGGCGGAUCUCCGGGCCGCUUCUAGCGGCGAUACCCAGCCGCGCCGGGCGGGCCGGAGGCGGCGAGGAACCCUCUCGGUACCCGGCGUCCUCCCCUUUUGUGCGGGGUCGCGUUCGCGCUCUGAGAGGGACGCGCGGUGCCGUCGGCGGGCGCUGCGUCCGUUCGUCUGCUUGUGCGUGCGGGGUGAGAUGGACCUGGAGGGCCGGAAGGGAGACGGACCCACUCUCCGCGAGGACGAGACUGGCUAAUGCAAAGAUCCCUAGCGGUGCCCGUAUUACACAGCCAGGCGGUGCUGGCUAAAUGCCAGCUGCCCUGUGGUUCUGCGGGCUCGCGCUUGGUGUGCUCCAGCGCAAGACUCAACUAAAAACGCAUUUCACCCAGUGCAAAAUACACAAAAUAACAAAACAGUUGUUACUGUAACAUUAACGGUCUCUAAAACAAGAGAAAAGAGCCUGCUUCUGCGCAGCCUAGAAGUUGAGAUGUUGCUUUUCAAAGGGAUAAAAGUUUUUUGGAUGUCACACUCGACGCACUGAGCUGUUUGUAGCUGCAUUGGGAGAGAGGUGGGUGCCCACUCUGCCUCUUCCCUGCAAUGCUGACCUCCCAAGUUUUUAGGAAAAAUGCCCAAUCUUGUCACUGCCUCCUGCAUUUCUACUGGUGUCCCACAGUCUUGAGAAAUCCAGAUGCAGGAGCAGGCACUCAGCGGAUGCCUCUCAAUGUCCUCACUGUCUGACCUGCAGUUUGGUCUCCUGCUCCCAUUGUACCAAGCUUCUUUAUAACACCCAUUACUCUAAAGUGGGGACAAAGGUGAGAAAGUAGAAUAAUUUGCUCCACUCCACUGGGCAGAACGGAGCAGCAGAGCCUGCUCUUGGUGUCUAAUCAAUAUCCUCUGUCAAAGCAACGCUAAUGUAAAUUCGGACAUCUCAUGAAUUUACAUGCCAGCUUUGUUUCUUAGUCCUCUUCUCUGCAUAGCAGAUAAUGGGCACAAGCAGAUGUGCCUGAAGUCAUGCAGUGUGUGUCAGAGCAGACCCAAGGUGUGGCACUGGACAGGGCAGCGCGGGGUGCUGCUGCCUAUGGCUUCCUGCGCUGUUCUCACUUAUUUGCUUUCGCUUACAAGUUCAAGGUCGCUCGGUAUGCUGAAUUGCACUUCCUCAGCAAACAUCUGAAACUGAGUUAUCAAAACCAGAAGAUGAAUGUUCCACCACUCCCAAGAGUUCAUAAGAGAAAAAAAAUCUCUACUGAUAUCACAAGUGGUAAUAUUCCCUAUUUUGGAUUAGUGUGCAAUUCUAUACAUAUCUCUGUAUAUCUCAAAACCUUUUGCCCUUUAUUGCUUCUCUGUGGUGCCUCCUUGUAAGAAUUACAGAGCACUUUGCAAACACCAAACUCUUGCUCUCUGACCUUUUUCUAAUAUGACAGUUACAAGUUUAGCAGAGAUUUAUCAGAAUUGGAAUAUUCCUGUUUGGGGGCAUUUUAUCAAGGCCAGUAUGUAAUCAAUUUCAUAUUGAGUAUGUGGGAAAGUUCUCUCCCUUACCCAUAAAUGGACCUACAAAAAGAUGGGCAAGAGCAUGAGACUACUUGUGAUCAGACACUGGCUGUUAAUUCUUUUACAAGAGUAUUUCUUACUGCUGCUGAAGACUUCCAAAAUAGGGAACGUAUUAAUAUGACUUUGAAGAAGCCAGUAGUAGAAAGGUAGAUGGAAUUUUGGAAUCACCUUAAACCUUUUUCUUUGAAUUGGCUAUGUUCAGAGUUCAGUGCCAAGAACUAUGAGCAACAACUAAAUUAAGCCCAAGUAUGCUGGAUCUAAUGGAUCAGCACAAAAAGUCCAGACGGGCAGAGUGAUUUGCCUCUACUUACAAGAAGUCUGCAUUAGAACUGAUAGAUGGUCAGGUCCCCUGCACUCCUAGACCCACGUCUAGAUGACUGCCUGCAUACUUCUUGUUCUGCAGUAAUGCUACAGUGGGUCUUGUUUGGGUGCUGGUAUGUUUAUCAUUUCAUCUCACAGCUGUUUUAUCACUAAUAGCUCAGAAGAAAAGUAGCAAGAACAGUUACUGUUCAGAGCCGUGUGCAUGCCUGACAGUACUGGAGAAAGAUUCAUUGCCCAGAAUGUAGAGAUUUAUGACUGGUAUCUAGAUAACUGAUGUUUUCUAGGACUGCUCAUUUAUCUAAAUUGAUUAGAAAAUAACUCUUCUGCCUAUUUUAGAUGUGAUUCUAAGCUUAUGAUAUGACUGAUCCUGGAAGUGCCAGCUUUUCUCCUUUCCCUACAAAGGGUUUAUAUGAGAUGCUCAGACAUAAAUAUCUGUAGCACAGAGCUCUGAAGUUAGGCUGAUGAAUUCUACUCUUUUUUUUCUUUCUGUUUAACAGGUUUAGGUCUUCAAAAGCAUCGCAUGUAGGAAAAACAGAAUGGUCCUCUGUCUUCCUAGAGGAAAUAUGCUUAAGCAAAUACUGUAGAGAAUCAGUAUCGUAAGAAAUUCAGUUGUAAUUUUGCUUCCUUAACUAGUUUGGACGGGAAGUGCCUUUUGUAAGCAGUUCUAACCAGAAAUGUUUUGGAGUCUUCAUUCCCCGAGGAUAGACUGAGCUGACAUAUGCAGUACUGCUAAAAGCAAUAAUGUACUGCCUCCCUCCUCCCCCCUGUCCUUGCUGGCAUUUAAAUUUUCUCCCCCUUCUGACUGUGAUGAAAACCUUCUGAAUGCAGGGGGAUGGCUGCUGCCUGGCCAGCAUUGCUGAGAUGUCGCAGCUCCUGUUACAAAGGCUUCUUCCACUCAGCGCUAUGCUGUCUAGAGCCUCACCAAGUAGAGACACUGAGAGCAAGUGCCAAAAGCAGGACUGCAGAAGAUUUUAAGAUUCUGUAUUCUCCAAGAGCUGCCCAAGCAAGACAAGGCCAUGUGUGAGAUGUUUCAACAGUCAUUUAAAGGGAGACUGCAGAAAAUUGCCCUGCCAUUUGAAAAUGUCAUCUGCUUUCGCAAGUAACACAUACAAUUAUCAUCACAGAAAGAUGAGAAUAUGGGGAAAAACAUUUUCCCUUUCUCUUCUCUCAUCCGUUCUCCAUAUCCAAAACACUUUGUACAGACAGCUGUGUUGCUUCAUUUAAGAGAUGGGCAAUUUGUUCUUUUUCUUCAUGGAACUUAAGAGAGAAACUCUAAAUUUUGUAGAGGGAAAUGUGACAAUAAAAUGUUACUUGGCAGGGAGUACCUGGAGCCAUUCAGGGUUUGAAGGCUGCUUUUGAAAGCUAAAGUCUUAUUUUAGAGACAAUAAUGGACUUAUUUGAAGUAUAUUUUAUAAACUAGAUGUGAUUAAAAAAACCACAGCCCCCUCCUCCCUUCAGUCUCUUCAAUUCCAUGUUUGACGUGUACCCUGGAUUUACAUUUUCACAUUCAUCCACCAAAUGAUUCGUGAAAAGUAGUAAUGGAACUAUAGAUACUGAAGUUCAAUAUUGCAAAUCACAGUGCUGAUUCAAAGAAAUGACUGUGUUUUCACAAAGAAUUUAUAAGCCUCUUCUACCUGAAUAUUGCCACUGUGGAAAAUAAUCACUAUGAACUAGAGCCCUGAGCUAUAGAUAGUCUCUUUUUCCACACGUAAAAGGCUAGGAAGUGCUGUUGAAAAGCCUGGAUAUCUACUUAGUAUUGCAUCAAAACUGACUUAGAUUCUCAGAUGGAAGCAUUCCAGCCUGCUUAAUAGUGACAGUGAUACUCAGUGAAUGAUGUGAGUCUUCAGCAUGACUGGGAAAUUGGCAAUGUGCAGCCCUGUGUUAGCCAGGGCAAGAAAAUACCCACUGAGUCAGAAUUAACUGGUGCAGGUCACUUUCCCAUCUUGUGUAUCCUCUUGGAAGAUAUCAUGGUAACAAAAACUGGAAAGCUUUCAUAGGCUUUCAGGAGUCAGAAUUCACUGUAAUAACCUCUAACACACAAAACUCUAACAGCUUGUUUGUUUGUUUGUUUGUUUUUUGGAGAGGGGACAAAAAUUCAGCCUCCCACUCCAAGGGAAUAAAGUGUUAUUUUCCUUCCUGACUUAUUCUUACAGACUGUUUCAAUCAGUUAUAUAAAUGGCUUUCUCAUUCUCAAGGAUGACUGUAGCCCUACAAUUGUUGCCCUUCACAGGCCCAAAUCAAGAAAGCAAACUAAGCUUGCCACGCAGUCACGUGAGGCACCCAGCUCCAAGAGUGGUUACGACAAUUUGCUUAAGCUAUCCAUCCAAGUUUACUUCAGCUCCAGCCCUUCACUGGGUGGUAUAUCAGAAGGUAUCAGCUGCAGGGAAAGGAUGCACAGAAUGACAGUGGAAGGAAGCGAUGCUUAAAGCAAUCCAGAAAGAUGGGGAUUUAGGAUUUCUCCUUGGUAGAAGAUUCUGGCUUUUUACUGGAAAACAUUCCUGCCCUUUCCUGUCUGUACUUUUUGGUCUCCUGAAUCCUUUACUCCUUGGUGGCCCAGAUUCUAUGAGAGGAGUUGGUAAUGGUAUAGAAGACAGUCUAUAGCACGUUUCCGUUUCUUGGCUGUGUGUCUAACCAUUAUAUAUAAAGCAUGAAGGACCACAUCACCUUCUUCGCAAUAGCUUCUUUUCAUUCAGAAUUAAUUUAAAUGCUGUGCUUCGUGCUGACCUUGGAAUGAUGCUGCUACUGGAUCAAGGUCCUUAAGGGUUUACAUGCAAGCAUGCCUAGCUAACAAGUCUGAAACAGGUGGAAGAAAUAGAAAGAUAGUGAGUUUCAGUACAUUCCAGAUGAUUGUUCUCGUGAGCACACAUAGGAGCAGAAUUUAGGAGGCUGAGCAGUAAAACACCUGGUGUGUAUUUUGUGAACUUGUGCACGUUAGACAUCUGCUUUAUGAAAGAGAAAUUUAAUUGUCCAAGUGUCACUGCAUCUCCUUUUUUAAACUAGGUGAAAUAGUAAUAAGAUGCUAGUUUCAUGAAAUAUGAGCUCUUCAGAGAGACACUAUCAAUCUUUGCUCCUUAUUCAUGAGAACAAAUUUGGCUCCUCAACAUUGAAGGUGGAAAUCCUUGACUGGAAGACAAAGGAACAAUUAUGCUUCUUAGAUAAGGUGGAACCAAAUGCUACAAUUAGGGAGAUAAGAUCAAUGUUCCAUAAAUUAUAUCCCCAGUGGUAUCCAGCAAGACAGUCAAUAAAACUUGAUCCAAAAGGAAAGUCCCUGAGGAAUGAGGAAAUCCUGCAGCACCUCCCUGUUGGCACAACUGCUACUUUAUACUUUAAAGAUUUAGGGCCACAGAUAGGAUGGACUACGGUAUUUUUGAUAGAAUAUACAGGUCCAUUGUUCAUCUAUUUUCUGUUUUAUUUCCGCAUGCCUUUUGUGUAUGGACUGGAUGAGAGGUUUACAUCAAGCCCACAUCCAGUAGUUAACUUGGCAUGUAUCUGCCAUUCUUUCCACUACAUCAAAAGGUUGAUUGAAACAAUAUUUGUUCAUCGGUUCUCCCAUGGGACUAUGCCACUGAGGAAUAUUGUGAAGAACUGUUUAUAUUACUGGGGAUUUGCAGCUUGGCUUGCUUAUUACAUCAAUCAUCCUCUUUACACUCCUCCUUCUUAUGGGAAAAAACAGAUUAAUUUUGCUGUGAUCAUGUUUCUGCUAUGUGAAGCUGGAAAUUUUUCCAUUCACGUUGCACUUAGUGACCUCCGGAGAGAUGGGUCCAAAACUCGUAAGAUCCCGUAUCCAACAAAGAAUCCUUUCACAUGGCUGUUUUUCUUUGUAUCUUGCCCUAACUAUACCUAUGAGGUGGGGACAUGGAUCAGUUUCACUAUCAUGACUCAAUGUGUUCCAGUGGGGCUGUUCACCUUGCUUUGCUUCAUUCAGAUGACAAUCUGGGCAAAGGAUAAACACUAUACCUACCUACGAGAAUUCAAGGAUUAUCCAAGUGUUCGAAUGCCAAUUAUUCCUUUUUUAUUGUAAGAAAAGUUUGGUUUCAAUACUGCAUGGAACUUCAAGAAGAAAAAGCUCAUGGAUUUUUCUUAUUCAUAAAUCUCCUGCCAAAUAAUUGAAUUAAUUGAAGUGAUUCUGGUGUAUGCUAACUCUCCACUGCUGUGGGAAACAAUACACUUGAAAACUAUACUUCCUUAUAUUCAAGAAUUCUUCAAUUCAGAAGCACCUUCAAAAAAUAAGGCUUCAUUGCAGAGCUGGUAGCCAAAAGCCCGUAUAGCUCUACUGCAACCUGAUUGACUGAGAUUUCUGUGCACUAGUGUAUUUAGAUUGAUACAUCAGAGAUACUGAUAAGCUUGUUCUGAAAAGCAGCUCCAAAUUUAGCAGUGGCAUUCUGCAAGACUGUGACAUAAAUACAUUGGAAUGAGGACACAGCAGCCAACUACAAGAAAGCUCAACUCAUACAGUAUGGCCAGCUGGCCUGAAGACAGUUGCAUGUUUUGCCUUCUUUGACUUGAAAAAGAGAGUGUUCUGCCUGGAGGCAGGUACUUUGUGACAAACAACAUUACCAAAGAAAAUGAAUGGCUCCUGGAAUAAUGAAUUGGGCAGUCUCUCAAAUACCUGCUUUGGGUCUAAGCUAUAAUUUGCCAAUUAGAUCUAAAGAAAGAGGAAUUUGUGGAUUUAACAUCCAUCCUUUGAAUAUAUAGGGGUGUUUAUCCUGUUUUGUUUUUAAUAUUUUUAAUUAGUAAAUUGCAUACUGACAAAUAAGGUUCACAGUAUCUGAUCUAUGCCAUAUCCAUGAUAUUUGGCCUGUUUCAUAUAAUAAGUCCUUAACAUAUUCUAAAAGAUCCUAGAGGACAUUUAACCUUGUAUUUUUUGUCAGAAUUCUCUGAAUAAUUUCAGUGUACUUUGUGAAUACAUAAAGUACUGCUAACAUUCAGAAUGGUAGUUCCCUUCCUAUUUUCAGAGCCAAGGAGAAAAAUCCAGACAUUCUGAACUUCCUGUGUUUUCUUUUUCACAAGAUGUUCAGUGGGAUUUAGUUGGGUUUUGUGCAAAUCUAGUAAAAAAAAUAUAAAAUUAUGACUGCAAUAUAUCUGAAUGAUAUUUUGAAGAAACUGUUUCAGAAUAUGAAGAAAAUGUGUAGAUACUGUUUUGUUUCAUGAUUAAUUUAUUUAUUAUAAUGGAUGUAUAGAAAGAUUUUGCAACUGUUUGUAAGAGUGAAAUCUACAAUAAAUUCUAGACUAUGUUUUGAAUUCAAUUGAAAUAGCGAUGGCAAAAGAGGAAGAUUACAGCUGGUUGCCAAAAUUUCAUAAUUAUUUGUAAAGUACAAAGGAAGAAUGUCCUUGCAUCAAGUAAGACCUAUAUAAAUUGAACAAAAAACUAAAAAAGCAAAAUACGUGACCCACCUUUUA